UCUGUCUCAGACCUGAUUUUUUCUCCUCCUCUUCCUGUGUUUAGCUCAGAAGUCCCACCACCACCCAGGACCAGCUCCUCCUGCCCCUGGAUCUUCUGAUGGGCCCCAGAAGGUGACAGUGUUGACCACAAUGCUGUCAGGCCGGUGGUGGCCAAGUACCUGGGGCAGCCUAGGGCUGGGGCCCCGAAGCCCUUCUCGGGGAUCCCAGCUCUGUGCCCUCUAUGCCUUCACUUACACUGGGGCAGAUGGCCGGCAAGUGUCUCUGGCUGAAGGGGACAGGUUCCUACUGCUUCGAAAGACCAACUCAGACUGGUGGUUGGCAAGGCGCCUGGGAGCACCGUCCAGGUCUCGACCCAUCUUCGUCCCAGCUGCUUAUGUGACAGAAGAAUCUAUCUCUUCCCAGAGCCCAACUGCCACCACUCCCAGCCCGUCUAUCUGGACUCCUGGGCCAAAGUUGUUUCCUGGCUCCCUAGAAAAGCUCCACCUGUCUCAGGAACCCCCAGGCAGAGCCCAGGCUACGUCUGAGCAGCCUCCUCCCCUUCCCCCCAAAAUGUGUAGAAGUGUCAGUGUUACCAAUCUGAGGCCCACCCUCCUGCAGCCCUUCCAGGAAGGACCAAGCAGCAGAUCCCUCUCUCAGGAGGACUUGCUGACGGAGUCCAGUGCCGACAUGGCAAGACCCCAGCCCCUCAUGUCAGAGCCCCCUGUGUACUGUAACCUGGUGGACCUUCGCCGCUGUCCCCGGUCCCCGCCCCCAAGCCCUGCAUGCCCCCCGCUGCAGAGGCUGGACGCGUGGGAGCAGCACCUGGACCCCAGCUCUGGCCGCUGCUUCUACAUCAAUUCGCUGACUGGCUGCAAGUCCUGGAAGCCCCCACGCCACACUCGCACCCGAGAGACGAACCCUGGCUCCAUGGAUGGGACACAGACCCUGAAUAGGGACAACGGUGUCCUGCAACCUCAGGCAAAGGGCUCAGGAUCUGACACAGGGACCCCAGAACUGCCUGACCCCCAGGGUUCACCCUGCCUCCACCGGAGCACCUCCCAGCUGGACCCUUCAGACCAGCCUUCAGCCCUGCAGCCCUCUCGACCUCUGCCACAGGUCCUGGAGGACCCCCAUGAGGUGGAAAAGUCGGGUCUGCUCAACAUGACCAAGAUCGCCCAGGGGGGGCGCAAGCUCAGGAAGAACUGGGGCCCAGCAUGGGUGGUGUUAGCGGGUAACAGCCUGAUGUUCUACCGACAGCCACCGCCGCCCGCGCCCUCCUCGGUCUGGGGACCAGCGGGUAGCCGACCCGAAAGCAGCGUGGACCUGCGCGGAGCGGCCCUGGCCCACGGCCGCCACCUGUCCAGCCGCCGCAACGUCCUGCACAUCCGCACGGUCCCUGGCCACGAGUUCCUGCUGCAGUCAGACCAGGAGACCGAGCUGCGGGCCUGGCACCGCGCGCUGCGCGCGGUCAUCGAGCGCCUGGAUCGGGAGAACCCCUUGGAGCUGCGUUUGUCGGGCUCGGGCCCGGCGGAGCUGGGGGAGCUGAGCGCCGGGGAGGAUGAGGAGGAGGAGUCGGAGCCGGCGUACAAGCCCCUGCUGCGGCUCGGCGGCCGCCGGAGCUCCGGUCGGAGUCCGGAAGGAGCCGAGCAGAACCGCGUGCGAAACAAACUAAAGCGGCUUAUCGCGAAGAGGCCGCCCUUGCAGAGCCUGCAGGAGCGGGGUCUGCUCCGAGACCAGGUGUUCGGUUGCCAGUUGGAAUCACUGUGCCAGCGGGAAGGGGACACGGUGCCCAGCUUUGUGCGGCUCUGCAUUGCUGCUGUGGAUAAGAGAGGUCUAGAUGUGGAUGGCAUUUACCGGGUGAGCGGCAACUUGGCAGUGGUCCAGAAACUUCGAUUCCUGGUGGACAGAGAGCGGGCGAUCACCUCCGAUGGGAGGUAUGUGUUCCCAGAACAGCCAGGACAAGAAGGCCGAUUAGAUUUGGACAGUGCUGAGUGGGAUGACAUUCAUGUGAUCACUGGAGCCCUGAAGCUUUUUCUCAGGGAGCUACCCCAGCCUCUGGUGCCCCCACUGCUGCUGCCUCAGUUCCGUGCUGCCCUUGCGCUCUCCGAAUCAGAGCAGUGCCUCUCUCAAAUACAAGAGUUAAUAGGCUCGAUGCCGAAGCCCAACCAUGACACUCUACGGUACCUCCUGGAGCAUUUGUGCAGGGUGAUAGCGCACUCAGAUAAGAACCGCAUGACCCCCCACAACCUGGGAAUUGUGUUUGGACCAACGCUGUUUCGGCCAGAGCAGGAGACAUCUGACCCAGCAGCCCAUGCUCUCUACCCCGGACAGCUAGUCCAGCUGAUGCUCACCGACUUCAGCAGCCUCUUCCCCUGACUGGGGCAGGAAGAAGAGAAAAUGUGUUUCCGAUGAUCUUCUCUCUUGGGUACCCUUUGGUGUAGCAGCGGUGGGGUGUUCUGUUUUGAGGAUAUCCCUUUAAAUCCUGUGUCUCCCGGAUGACCAUCUCCAUCUUUGUGAGUCUGACCUGAGGUGUUGGGAUGUGGUGAGGGAGCUUCUCCGGAGAGGAGGGUGGGUGAAUUAACUCCUGCUUCUCUUCUUGUUCCCUGUCACCCCCGUCCUCGAGGUAAUAACACAUAAAGGAGGGCCCUUUCUGAUGCA